AUGCCAGAAAAACGCAAGACCGAUUCUGAGCUCAGAGAUGGGGAUUACACCACCCCUGCGAAACGUGCGCGUCAGCAAAUAUCCUACGAUGACCUAGACGACUCCAUGCUUACGCCUCCAGUCGUGCGACCCGAACCGACGAGAAAUGAACUUGAAGACGACGUAGGCGACGCGUUCGAGAACGAAUCAAAUCUGGGACAUGAUAGCAAAAAUAAGACAUCAAACAAACACAACAGUCGCCAACGCCAUAAUCAACAGCCACGGGUAGAUCCGGUCUACGGGCAAAGAAGUGCCUUUCCCGGUCUGGACGAUGCAGGCUCCGAUGAGCUUCUCUAUGGUCCUCCAGAAGAUGGCUUGGAAUAUCUGCGUUUAGUUCGAUCGGAAGCGAACUCUCUACCUGCACUAUUCGUUGCGCCAAAACCCAAGAUGGAAAAAAAGGAGACCCAGCAAGCUAAUGAAGCACUGGGAAAGCUUGAAACAACGGGAAAAGAACCAGAACAAGUCCAGUCAGAGACCGGUUAUGUCCUCAUUGACGGUGUAGUGAUAGCUACAUCCACCGCUAAGGAAACCACCGAACUCGACGUCGAAGAAAAAAGAGACGCGCAAUCAUCGUACUACAACUUGUUGAAGCAUCGCUUCAUUCUGCUACGCACAACGUUGCGCUGCUCCCCMCCCGCCAAUACAAUAACAGAUCUGGACGAAAGCCACCCCAUCACCCUCCCCUUCCACGUCAGGGCAGCCCGCACAGCAUGGACACAACUAUUAUACACGGCAGAACCGCAGAUGGUACAAUUAGCUUGUAUGGAUAUGGAAUCUGUGCUUGGCGUUCUCCGGCUCUUCGGUGAUGUGAUGACCAAGUGCAUCAAAGAUAACGACGCAAACCAGUUACGGCGAAUCGGCGCAUGGGCAUGGGGUUUAUUAGGUCGAUGUCGAGAUGUGGGCGAAUUGGGCAGCGAGGAAGUUGGCGAAUUAAGAGUUCUCGGGAGAAAAGCGCUUUCACUUCUGAAGAAAAUGGAUAGAAAUAAGACCCUUUCUGGUGAUGGUUUUAGUGUGGUGGAGCCUGAUCUUGAGGAUAAGGAGUCUAGUGAUGAUGAGGAUGAGAUGAUGGUUACAGUUGAAAGCAUGGAGUCAGCUGAAGGGCAGGAAAUUGACGAGCUGGAGGCGGCAAAACUCCGGUUACAGUCUCGAUUUCUCGGGGAGGAGACCACAGCAGAGCAAGCUAAGAGACAGAGGAGGAAUACUUCAUCUCCACUUGAMCCAGCCAUAGACGACGAGCCAGAGACGACGCCUUCCCCGAAAAUCACCCGCACAAAGUCGCUACCAAAUAUCGCAGUGACUGGAGAGGAGCAAUCUCGCAUUCUCCUAGAUAUGAUUAUUACUAUCGUGGGUGAAUUUUAUGGACAAAGGGAUCUUCUACAGGAAAGAGAUAUAUGGAACUAG